AUGAUUCCCAUUCUUCCGAGGGGAUUACAUUGGGUACAUUUAUUGCCAAAGAUAUCAGGGACUCUGCAGAGAUCGGCGUCGCCGGUGGGUCCUACCUUGCUCUCCGUGGACACUGGACGUGGAUUAAAUAGCCGAAUUUGGUUGGGGUUGGGGUUAAGCCGCAAACUAAAACCACAAAGCUCCUGCGCUGGAUUCGGCUUCUCUCUUCCUGGCGGCGAUGCUCCGUUUUCCGUCGCUAGGGUUCCGGCGUGCUCUUCUAUGAUCCCGGUGCAACGGGCCUUUCUUUGCCGAGCCAUCGCUGCAAGACUCUUUCCCUCGCGCUCCUCCCUUCGCUUCAACUCCUCAAUCCUCUCGCUGGUUGAGCCACCCAACUACUCCAGUGACGACGUCGAUAGAGACGCCACCGAUAAGCUUCCCGAUGCAAAGUUACGCCCCGGAGUGCCCCGAGCGGGCCUCUUCCCCCUCGUCUCCGUCGUGCAGAGGACCCUCGACUGGACCACGGUCCGAGAAAUUAGAUUCGCUGAGGCGGCAGGCGCGUACGGCUUCCCGCAUGCGGUGGAAGCUUUCUCGAUGCUCAUGGGGGUUUUCUCGUCGGCGGGAAUGCAACGGGAGAUUAGGCUGUUGCUAGGUGGGGUUCUGAGCUUCGUUAGGAAUGUGGAUUGCGACUUGUUGGUGGUGCUAUCAGCAGUAGUGCUGCAUGCUGGUGGUUCUCUGAGCUCUCUCAAUGUAUAUGGGACUGCUAUCCUUCUUCUAGCAGAAGACUUCAUGAUCGAACAUGCACUAGAAGUCUACUUUGAAGCGAAAAGAAUGGGGCUUCCGAUUGGAGCUCCCUUAUCUAACCUUUUGCUCAAAGUUUUGGUCAGAAGCAAUAAUUCCGAAAUGGCAAAGGAUUUAUUUAAUCACAUGAAAAGCUGCGGACCGAAGCCAAAUGUUUAUAGUUACACUAUCAUUAUGUAUAUGUAUACUACCCAAGAUAUCUUGGACAUAAAUGAAGCUAGUAAAAUUCUUGAUGAAAUGGAAAUGGAAGGUGUGAAGCCAAAUGCAGUGACAUAUGAUACGUACAUCAGGGGGCUUUGUCGAGCAGGAGAUGUUAAGUCUGCAAAGGAAUUUCUUCAGGACUUGCAGUCCAGAGGCUUGCCAUGCAAUACCAAUUGUUAUAAUGCUCUGAUACUUGGUUUUUGUAGGGAGGGUGAGUUGGAGAAAGCUUUGUCAGUAGUUCAGGAGAUGAAAGAACGUGGACCAAAGCCAGAUGUACAUAGCUACAGCAUUCUCAUUGAUGGAUUUUGCAAAAGUGGAGAUGUUGUGAAGGGCUCUAAUCUUCUUGAAGAAAUGUUAAGCAAUGAGAUCAUGCCGACGAUGGUUAGUUUUAGUUCACUACUUCAUGGUUUGUGCUUGAAAGGUGAGAUGGGAUGUGCAUUAAGUCUCUUCAAUCAACUGAGUGGCCAAGGCUAUGCACAUGACUUAAUUUCCUAUGGGAUCCUCAUUGAUGGAUAUUGCCAACUUGGGGAUUUGGAUGGUGCUUCUAGGCUUUGGCAACAGAUGAUUCAAAGCAAUUUUGUCCCAGAUGCUCAUAGUUACACGAGUAUAAUAUUUGCUCACUGUAGAAAUGGGUGCUUGAAAGAAGCAUUAGAGCAAUUUGAAUUCAUGCUUUACAGCGGUGUGAUGCCUAGUGUUGUAACAUGUACUCUGAUAGUUGAUUUAUUUUGCAAGAAGCAUAGAAUGUUAGAUGCUUUUGCUUUCCUUGACAAAAUGAAUGAAUGGGGAAUUGUUCCAAAUAUAUUUAUGUUCUCAGUCAUCCUUAAUGGACUAUUCAAGGAAGGAAAAUCAGUGUACACGUGGGGUGUUCUGGGAUCAAUGAUAAAGAAAGGGAUUGUUUGUGACGUAGUUAUCUAUUCCAUACUUAUUGAUGGUCUAAUUAAAUCAUCAAAUCUUGAGGAGGCACUGAAGCUGUUUGCAGGAAUGUCAAAGGUGGGUUUGGUGCCAAAUAUCUUUGUAUACACCAUCAUUAUCAACGGGCUUUGCAAGAUUGGCAGGCUACCUGAAGCAUUGGGUUUGUUCGAAGAAAUGAUUAUAAAGGGGUUUAUUCCUGAUAGGAUUGUAUAUACAUGCUUGAUUGAUGGUUACUGUAGUCGCAAAGAUAUGAAGAAAGCUUCUGAGUUGUUCGACAAAAUGGUGCACAGUGGUCUUGCGCCCGAUGCUCAUGCAUACACCUGCCUCAUUGAUGGAUAUAGCAAGAUGUCUAUGAUGGAAACUGCAAUUGCUUUGCUAGAUGAUAUGCUGAAAAUGAAUCUUUGUCCUACUGUAGUAACCUAUAGUGUGAUAAUUAAUGGAUAUCGUAAAUUGGGUGAUUGGGAUAAAGCUUAUGAGAUAUAUAAGAUAAUGUUAAAUCAAGGCAUUUCUCCUGAUUCAGUCAUGAAUUUGUCGGAGAUUUCAAGUUUUGGCACUUGAAUGGUUACUCGAGGAACUAUAUCUCAUGUAUCAUUUUGAGAUCCUGCAAACUGGUGGAUAAAAACAAUCGCUAAUGCCUUCCAGUCAAAAAAAGAUAUCACUUAUUGGCCCCAUUCAAGGGAAGUUGAUGCAGCUAAUAAGCUGAUAUUAUUUAGAUUGAUAGUGGUGAUAUCUUACUUUUCUUUACAACAAGCAAAGUUGGUGGAUGAAUUACCACUGCAAGAGGAAGCAAGAUGCUUUGUUGUAGAUAAUUGGGUAACAUGCAGCAAAAGUCUAGGAAGACAGAAGUCAGUAUCUUUCAGAAAUUGCAGGUUGAUGGUUUCCGGUUUGACCUCAUGGGACAUAUUAUGAAGAGCACUAUGGUGAAAGCAAAGAGUACUCUUCAAAGCCUUUCUAAAGACAAGGAUGGGGUAGAUGGUUCAAUGAUAUAUAUGGUAUCCCUUUUUUCAUUGUGGGGAUGAGAUUUUGCGGUCAAAGUCACUUGACCGUGAUUCAUACAAUUCUGGUGAUUGGUUUAACAGGUUCGAUGCUCCCUUGCCUCAAAAGUUGUAAUGUUUGUUUUAGCUAGUUGAUAGGCUUUUGUUCUCCAUUUCAGAAUUUUGUUCGAAGAGAAAAUUCAGAUACCAUUUGCUUAAACCAAUGAUACUAUCCUUAAUGCUUUACUUUCCAUUUUUUUAAGACUUGACUUCACUUAACAAGCGAACAAUUGGGGCGUUGGACUUCCUCCAAGAGAAAAGAACUAAUAUAAUUGGCCACUAAGUUCUUACAGCAUUUUAAUCGAAAUAUGGUAUUUUGCUAUAUAUUUAUUUUCUAGUUCUGGAGCAAACUAGCUUUUUCCCAAUUUUUUGGGUUGAAAUUGUAGUUUUUUAUCAACUCAUCACCACAGGAUCAAACCAAGGUUAGCAAACCCAUCAUUCAAGCCUCAGAAACAUCACAUUCUUGCAGCUGUUGAUAACUUUGUAGACCUAUUAAAGAUCAGAUAUUCUUGUUCACUCUUUCGUUUGAGAACUGCAAAUGCCAUUCAAGUAAGGCUACUGACUUAAAUCUCGAGUAUAGUCACUUUCCUAAUCGAGGAUAUGUAAAGUCAAUAGGAAGGCCAACAUUUUCUGUUUCUUGUACCUGAUAUGUAACUAACUGUGCUGAAAGGUCCAGUUGUUUACAAUUGAUAUUACUUAUCUCAGUGGUGUACGAAGCUACACAAAUGUAUAUGGAGUAGGUUCAACAUGCAUUCAUGCAUUUACUCAAGUAUAUACGAACAUAUAUUGUAGCAACUUUUCAAGGGCCAUCUUUCCGAGUAUUUAUGAGUUGACCCUAAGUUACUAAGCUUAAUCUCCACAUAUUGUUCCAGUUGUACACUGGUAACUGCAAAAGUUGCAUAAGUAUUGAACUCCAUAUAUUGUCUUUAACCCUGGUACCAAUUAUCUGACUCCCCACCUCAGGAAAGACUCCACUUUCAUAAUACAGGGCCCUCCUGGGUGCAAGGAAUUAUUGUUAUGAGCAUCGAAGAUGGUGACGCUGAAAAACCUGGCAUGGCUCAAAUUGACCCCGUGUAAGUCACAAAUGCAAAAAUGGAAUUUCGUCUCCACCAACUCACAGAAGCUCAGGAUUCUUACAGUUUCGCUUCUUGGUUGCAUGUACUCUCUUGUGGUUGUAUUGUUCAAUGUUUGUCCUGCCCAAGUUUCACUAGAAAUUCCUGCAUUGAAGUCAAGAACACUGCAACUGCAUCCUCUGCAGUUAAACUCGGUGGAUGAUGUUGUGAAGCUAUCAGCAUAUGAUGCCUCGUCAGGCAGUUUCAUUAUUCCUCGGAGGACAACGUCCUUGUUCGUUGAACUGCGCAAUACAUGGAUUAAUCUACUUUUUUCUCUCUCUCUCUCUCUCUCUCUCUCUGCUCCUUUUUUUUAUCAAUUCCAAAAUAAUAAUGUGCUGAGGAAAUCGUUUCAAGUGGUUUUCCAAGUUCCAAAGUAAAAUGAUCACAAUUUUUUAUUUUUUUAUUUAUCAACGCUCAGAAUGCAGCCUCAAAAAUUCAUAGAAAUAUUAAUAUUCUGUUGCAAA